CCCAGCCUGGUUCCUGUCCACCAUAGCUCUCUGGAGCUCUCACUCUCCAUCAUGCCAGCGCUCCCAAGCUCCCGCUUCUCCAUCACCUGCCGACCACGAUCUCCCUCAGUGCCUUGGUGGGCUGGGGGCUGCCGGGUGCGGGGCACUGGGUUCCUGCUGCUCUCCUAUCUGGCUUACCUGGUGCUGGGAACUGGUGUGUUCUGGGCGCUCGAGGGUCGCUCGACUCAAGACCGUGGCCGCAACUUCCAGCGCGACAAGUGGGAGCUGCUACAGAACUACACGUGUCUGGAUGGCCCUGCGCUAGACCUGCUGAUCCGGGGCAUCAUCCAAGCAUACAAAGAUGGGACCAGCCUCCUGGGAAAAAGCACCAGCAUGGGACGCUGGGAGUUUGUGGGCUCUUUCUUCUUUUCUGUGUCCACCAUCACCACUAUUGGUUACGGCAACCUGAGCCCGCAGACCAUGGCUGCCCGCCUCUUCUGCAUAUUCUUUGCUCUGGUGGGGAUUCCAUUUAACCUCGUGGUGCUCAACCGGCUGGGCCACCUCAUGCAGUGUGGGGUGCACAGAUGUGCCCACCGGCUGGGGGCCAGAUGGCAGGACUCUGCGUGGGCACAGUGGCUAACAGGCUCCGCUGCGCUGCUCUCAGGCCUCCUGUUCUUCCUGUUGUUGCCUCCGCUUCUCUUCUCCCACAUGGAGGGCUGGAGCUAUGUGGAGAGCUUCUACUUCGCCUUCAUCACUCUCAGCACCGUGGGAUUCGGCGACUAUGUGAUUGGUAUGAAUCCUUCUCGAAAGUACCCUCUGUGGUACAAGAACAUCGUGUCUCUGUGGAUCCUCUUUGGGAUGGCCUGGCUGGCUCUAAUGAUCAAACUAAUUCUGUUCCAGUUUGAGACUCCGGGGGAUUUAGGCACCUGCUCACAGUGCUCCAGGAGGAACUGGAGGCCAGGCCAAGAAGGGAAACAUGGGGUUCCAUGGCCAGGCUGCUGUUUUGAGGGGUCUGAGGGAGCCACACAGCAUCUAGAACCUUCUGCUCAGGUUAUGGACUUUGACAACGACACCUAGCUGUAUUUCACAAUUGCUUGUCAGACCUCUAAUUUUAAGCCAGAUUUUCCAUCCUUCUUUCCAAGCGAGGUUCAAGUCCAGCCAUAGGUUGCCUCCCAUGGAACUUAUGGGAUGUGACUUUGGAAAUAAAGAAUACCUUUCUUCCCUUACAUCUUUAUUCUUGCCUUUUGCAAUGUUGGCACAGUGGCUGGAACUCCAGCAACUAUACUGCACUGUGAGGUAGAGACCAUGAUGAAUGAAAUUGGUUGCAUAGCAACAGAAGCUUGGAUUCCUGGUCAUCACACCAUCAUCAUA